AAAUAAAACAUUUUUAAAGCACAACAAAUUAUUCACUACUAUACGCUGUCCGCUUGGUUAGUGAAUGAGAUUGUCGAGUUUUGGCCACAUAAUAAAAAUAAUCCUGUAGAUAAAAUAAAAUCUCGCGAGGAUGACUUCUUUUGAAAAUUGGAAAACGGCAAGCUCGCCUAACUAUGGCCCGUGUGGUAACGUGGACAAAAUCUAUCCAUACUCCGAAGUCCCUUUCAUCGGACAGUACAAAUUGGUACAAAUACCACGUGACUCGCAACUGAUCGAUUUAGUGGACUAUUGGGGCGAGGGCAGGAUUAAGACUACAGAGGAGGGUAUCAGCGGAUUCAUAGACUGCUAUAAUGUCAACCAUCCUCACCAAUGCGUGAGCAACGGCCCAGACCGGGGCAGAAAGAUCCCCAAUCGAGUACCAGUUCUAAGCUACACUACCUGUGACACUUCAAGCUAUAUAAAAGAAAACUCUGUACGCAUCGUUACCCUCAUGGGAGCUCCCAUCAAUAACAGCUGCGCAAAAGACAUUGCCCGAAUGGUGAGCAAGUCUGAAGGCAAAGUCGUGGUGUAUGGAUUUAAACGUACUUCCGCUGACAUAAGAAAUCUAGAGAGCGAGCUGGCAGUUUAUAACUUUAUCCACUGCGCCGACCACGUUCUGCCACGCCAAUUGAACGAUCUCACACUUUACGACAAUAUACGAAAUUCUGCCGUGAUUAAAAAUGACUUAAAGCAGAAUAUUUGCUUUGGCAAAUACGAGUCUGCUGUGGAGCUGUGCAAGUCUUUACUUUUCAGCUCUUACUGUGAAGUUAUUUACGAAGUGGUAAAUCAGCUCUUGGAGGAGAACUGUAAAAACGUGAUGAACCUUGCGUACAAGCUUUGGAAUUCUGACGCCCAAAGCGUAGUGAUCAACCACUUCCCUUGUGAGUUCAAAGCGAUACUGAACGAAGACUUCGUGACGAUCGUAAAUAAGAAGAACUCAUCGGCACUCAAGUUGGCUGUGAUAUUGGAUGGAAUGAAUGAUAGGAGGGCUUGGGGGGACGGGAAAGAUAAAACGAGUAAGCGCAUAGUCUGGCAGCUUUAUCCGGUGUGGAGGGAUAGCAGAGUGAUUUUCAAGUUGCUGAACUAUGACUGCGGGAUGUUUUUGAAGCUGGCGGCAUAUGAGGAUAGCAUUAAGGAUAGAGAAGCCUGGGGCGCUUACGGUUGUCCUGACGUUCGUCACAUGUGGUACUUGGAGCCAGUGGUUCAUGGCGGGGAGCUGCUGUUCUUCAUCAUAAACGGUAAAUAUGGCUUGGGGCUAAAGUUGGCAGUGUGUGCCGAUAGCAUUGGCGACCGCACGCUGUGGGGGCACUCUACCGACGUACGCGCCGACCCUGGCUACUUCGGCUGGUAUAUCAAACCGAUUAACUAAAUAUAAUUAUAUUAAUAAACAAUAAUGUCCACGUGGUUUUUUUUUUCUAGUAAAAUUGUCUUUCGAUUUUAACAUCUAGCAGUUAAAUGCUAA